AUGUAUUCAACUCGUUUAAGGGUUAUAAACCUUUUCUUAUUGUAUACUAUUGUAUUAUUUAUUUUAGUUAAACCAACUACGUCUUUAUAUUUUUAUUUGGAAGGAACUGAACAAAAAUGUUUUCUCGAAGAAUUACCUAGAGACACACUUGUUGUUGGUACAUAUAAAGCUGAAGAAUGGUCUGAUACACAACAACAAUAUAUCGAAAAUCCUCAACUUGGAAUACAGAUAACUGUUGAAGAAUUACCUCUAUUGCAUCGAAUUAUUAAUCAAAAAGGAGCAAGUCGCGGGAGAUUCACUUUCACAGCUGCAGAAUCGGGAGAUCAUGCAAUCUGCUUAUCUACAAAUUCUUCUGGUUGGUUUUCGAAUAGCCAAAUAAAAUUACAUUUAGAUAUGGUCAUUGGAGAAACAACUAGCGAAGAAGAAAAUGAUAAAGAACAUUUUAGUGAUCUUGCACAAAGAGUACGCGACUUGAAUCACCGUAUUGCAGAUAUUCGUAGGGAACAAGGUUAUCAACGUGAACGCGAGGCUGAAUUCCGUGAUCAAUCCGAACUUACUAAUUCACGUGUAGUAUAUUGGACUAUAGCACAAUUGGUUGUUCUUGGAUUUACAUGCCUAUGGCAAUUGCAACAUUUGAAAGGCUUUUUUGAAGCUAAAAAAUUAGUAUAA